AUGGCAACACCACGCCAGCUUGUAGAAUUUCUCAAUCAAUAUAUUGUUGGACAGGAGAAUGCAAAAAAAGUUCUUUCUGUGGCCGUUUUCAAUCACUACAGUCGUGUCCGGGCGAACUUAUCCAUGGUACAAGCAAGGGAGGAUGCAUAUAGGAAUGAAGUAGAACAAUCAGAAAAUGGUAUACGAACAGCCAACAUUCGGCCGCUACGAAGCCAAUCAUCCCUGCUACUCCCGAACCCACCGUCUCCCAUGAUUGAGAAAAGUAAUGUCCUCGUAAUAGGACCCACCGGAUCUGGAAAGACCUUGCUGGCUAGAACGUUGGCAAAGGUUUUGGAUGUCCCAUUCUCUGUCAGCGAUGCAACAUCGUUCACGCAAGCCGGAUGUCAGUCUUUGUCUUUGAGAGUCCCCAUUGAUUUCUCAAAGAAGCUAUGUAGACGUAGGAGAGGACGUUGA